AUGUCAGUUAGUGAAGCAGGUCUUCUUCGCAAGCUGUGGGAGCAUCCAGACCCAAAGUCCACGCAGAUGUGGAAGUUCAAGGAGGAUUUGGCGAGAGAGACGGGCGAGAGAUUUCCUGACCACGACUCGCUGUAUCAAUGGUCGAUCCGCAACCGAGCACGAUUCUGGGCCUUUUGUUUCGAUUACUUCCCCAUCAUCCACGAAGGCAAAUACACCGCCGUGGUCGACGAGUCCGCCCGUAUCGACAGUAUUCCAGACUGGUUCCCCGGUGUGCGACUGAAUUACGCGGAAAACAUCCUGUUUACGGCCGGUGCCUCUGGCAGCACUACCACCGCUGGCAAAGAAGAUGGCAAGAUCGCCUUCACCGAGGUCCGCGAGGGAGCUGCAGAGCCCGUUGUGAACCUGAGCUGGGGAGCCCUGCGGCGUAGAACAGGCCGGAUGCUCCAGGCGUUGAAGGCGGCGGGUGUGCGAAAGGGAGACCGGGUCUCUGUCGUCGCGGGGAACGCCAUCAAUACGGCGGUCGUGCUCUUCGCGGUCACGGCCCUUGGGGGGAUCUUCUCGUCCACCUCAACCGAUACCGGUGUCGGGGGUAUCCUCGACCGAGUGCGCCAGGUACAACCGAAAUGGGUAUUCUUCGACGACUUCGCCGUGUAUAACGGCAAGACCAUCGACCUACGCCCAAAGAUCGCCGAGGUGGUGAACGGAUUACUGGACAUUUCCGAGUUCCAGGGCGUCGUUUUGAUGCCCCGGUUUGCUGGAAGACCAGCCGACAUAAGUCCAGUGCCCCGAUCGCAGUCACUCGCAACGUUCCUUGAAGGCGCGACAUCCGACAAACUGGAAUUCGUGCGUGUCGGAUUCCGCGACCCCUUUUUGAUCGUCUUUACCUCCGGAACCACCGGCCAGCCGAAGUGCAUCGUCCAUGCGGUGGGAGGCGCGGUUCUGAACUCGAUGAAGGAGAAUAAAUUGAACCGCAACCACACCCCGGACACCGUCCUUCUCCAGUACACGACCACCGGCUGGAUCAUGUAUAUGGCUGCUGUCGGGUGCCUGCAGUCGGGGGCCAGAUCGGUGCUCUACGACGGUAGUCCGUUCGUGCCAGACCUCGAGAUCCUGCUCAGAAUUCUGGAAGAGCAAAAGGUCACCAACUUCGGAACAUCCCCUCGUUUCUUCAAUGAGCUGCGCAAGAACCGGAUAAGCCCCAGACAGAUCGCCGAUCUGAGCAACCUCAGCCUCGUCACAAGCACUGGCAUGGUUCUCUCGGAAUCCCUCUUCGAAUGGUUCUAUGACGAGGGGUUCCCGCCUACCACCCAGCUCGCGAAUAUUGCCGGCGGCACCGAUCUGAUCACCUGUUUUGGCAUGGAAAAUCCCCUGGAUCCCCUGUAUGCCGGGGGAUGUCAAGGAACCAGCCUGGGACUACCCAUGGCGAUCUUUGAACAGGCCGAUGAAGGCGCCACGGGAGUCCAAGGACGUCCCGUCCAACCGGGUGUCCCAGGCGAGGUCGUCGUCACAGACGCGUUUCCCACUAUGCCGGUGAUGUUCUGGGGCGAAGACGGUCCGAAGAAGUAUUUCAAUGCAUACUUUGCCAGAUUUGACAAUGCAUGGACCCACGGCGACUUUGUCAGCGUCCACCCCGUGACGAAACAGGUUCUCUUCCACGGCCGAUCCGACGGGGUGUUGAAUCCAUCUGGCGUCCGAUUCGGGUCCGCAGAGAUAUACAAUGUCAUUGAGACGCAGUUCGCCGAUGAGAUCCAGGAUUCCGUCUGUGUAGGCCAGAGACGGCCUACAGACCCGGAUGAAUCGGUUAUCCUCUUCUUGCUGAUGAAGGAGGGUUCGAAAUUCACGCCCCAGUUGGUUGCGAGGGUGAAGGAGGCGAUCAGAAAGGCUCGGACGGCGAGACAUGUCCCGAAAUAUAUCUUUGAGACUCCUGAGAUACCGACAACCGUCAAUCUGAAAAAGGUAGAGCUGCCGGUCAAACAGAUCGUUUCUGGCGUAAAGGUCAAGCCGUCCGGGACGCUUUUGAAUCCCCAAAGCUUAGACUUCUAUUACCAGUUCGUUGAAGUUGAGAAGCUGCUGGCCCUGAAGAGCAAGUUAUGA